UGUUCUGACGGAGGACUCGACUUGUCUCCCUUCCCCAAGUCACUUAUAAUAACAGCCGCAUUCCUUGCUCGUCCUCACCCUCUCUCUCACUCAUCCAAUCCACCCAACCCGCUGCGCUGACUUGCCUUUCACCAUCAUCUCAGCCGUGACCGUUUAUAGAGCGGAGCGUGGCCUUUUCCACCUCGCAGGCGACCCGCUCUUUCUACGGUCCCCCGUUCGCCUUUGCCUCCGUCCCUUUCGCACUAAGUCGUUCACUUCCGUGCCAGAUAAAGUUGAACUUCGUCGCACCCUCUUCCACAACUUCCACCCUCAACAUCUCCCAACCGCCACCAUGUCAUCCUCCGAAGAUGAUAAGCCGCUCCUCAAAGCUUCCAAUGGAGUCAAAUCCAAAGACCAUAUAAGCAAGGAAGUCGACGUGGCCCUAGACAAAGAGUCUCCCUCGGGCCAGCGUACGCACCCGGGAGUUUCUAUUCGCUUCGGCCCCAUGGAACCUAUGGACGUGGACGAGACGCAAACCAACGGAAACGUCAACGGAAAGCGCAAAUCUCGAGGCAGUCUUACAAAUGGGAAGUCUUACAAGGAGGCGAGCAGCUCAGAGGAGGAUGAAAAGCCACUGAGUAAGCGUCGACGCACGUCGCAGAAAGCCAAGCAGACCAAAGAGGAGUCAGAAUCAGAGUCUAGCGAUGUGCCCCUGAAGGCCCGUAAACCGCCGAGGAUUUCGCCAGAGCAGAUUGGUGAACUUUCUGACGAUGAUGUGCCCCUCACAAAGAAGCUAGUCAAGGAGAAGAUCGCUAUAGAGAAAGCUGCCGAGAAGGAAGCGCAGCAUCUGCGCAAAGAAAAGGCUGCUGCAGCCCGCAAGCGCAAGCCGAAGGCGGAGAGCGAGAGCGAGGACGAAAAGCCUCUUGCGAAGAAGAAGCAGCCAGCGAAGAAGAAGGGAGCCAACGGUGUCAAGAAAAACGAGUCCGAGUCCGACGAGCCUAUCAAGGUCAAAGCCACGGCUAAGAAGACGACAAAGACGAAAGCGCAGCCCUCGACGCCUGCCACAAAGGGCAAAUCCAAGGCCAAGCAAGAACAAACCGAAGAGGAUCGCGAAGCCGAGGAGGAGGAAGAGCAGUACAGGUGGUGGGAGGCCCCUACCCAGCACGAUGGUACCAAAAAGUGGACUACAUUGGAACACAAUGGUGUCGUGUUUCCGCCCGAGUAUGAACCUCUUCCGAAGGACGUCAAGCUCAUCUAUGAUGGCGUGCCGGUCACCCUCCACAAGGAUGCCGAAGAGGUCGCCACGUUUUAUGGCAGUAUGCUGAAUUCGACUGUCAACGUAGAAAACCCCACCUUCAACAAGAACUUCUUUGAAGAUUUUACCGCCAUCCUGGAUAAGACCGGACAUGGGAAAGAUGCUAACGGCAAUACGGUCAAAAUCAAGUCGUUCGAAAAGUGCGACUUCACCAAGAUCUUCGAAUAUUAUCAGGCUGAGCGCGAGAAGAAGAGGGCGCUACCACAAGCUGAGAAGAAGGCUCUCAAAGCAGCCAAGGAGGCUGCCGAGGCGCCGUACAUGUACUGCAUCUGGGAUGGGCGCAAGCAGAAGGUGGGCAAUUUCCGAGUGGAACCGCCUGGUCUUUUCCGUGGUCGUGGCGAGCACCCAAAGACUGGGCGUGUCAAGAAGCGGGUGAUGCCGGAACAAAUCACCAUCAACAUUGGCAAGGAAGCGAAAGUGCCUGAGCCUCCUGCAGGCCAUCGCUGGAAGGAGGUCAAGCACGAUCAGGAAGGCACCUGGCUGGCUAUGUGGCAGGAGAACAUCAAUGGCGCGUACAAGUACGUUAUGCUUGCUGCCAAUUCCGACAUCAAGGGCCAGAGCGACUACAAGAAGUUCGAGAAGGCUCGAGAGCUGAAGCAGCACAUUGAUCGCAUCCGCAAAGACUACAUGCGCGAGAUGAAGUCGGAGAAGAUGGCAGAACGUCAGCGUGCCACUGCCAUCUAUCUCAUCGACCGACUGGCGCUCCGUGCAGGCAACGAGAAGGGCGAGGACGAGGCCGACACGGUUGGCUGCUGCUCGCUGAAGUACCAGCACGUCACGCUGAAGCCACCGAACACUGUGGUCUUCGACUUCUUGGGUAAGGACAGUAUCCGCUACUACGACGAGGUGGAGGUCGAUCCGCAGGUCUUCAAAAACCUCAAGAUUUUCAAGAAGCACCCCAAGACGAUUGAUGACGACAUCUUCGACCGUCUGACGACGUCGGCUCUGAACAAGCAUUUGAGCAGCUAUAUGCCGGGGUUGACUGCCAAGGUGUUCCGUACAUACAACGCCUCCUGGACGAUGGCUCGCCUGCUCAAGGAGAUGAAACCGACGGGUACGAUUGCGGAGAAGGUCAAGGAAUAUAACGACGCCAACCGCGAGGUGGCCAUUCUCUGCAACCAUAAGCGCACUGUGACUGCAAGCCACACCAUGUCCAUUGAGAAGAUGCAGGAGAAGAUGAAUGGUCUCCGGUACCAGGUGUGGCGGCACAAGAUGAUGAUGAUCGAUGUGGAUCCAAAGAUCAAGAAGAAGAAGGGGGCCGAGUUUUUCGAGCGCCCUGAAGAUCUGGAUGACGAGUGGGUCCAGAAGCACCAGGAGAGCCUUGUGGAGGAACAGCGACAGAAGAUUACGAAGAAGUUUGAGAAGGACAAUGAGAAGCUCAAGGCCGACGGGGAGAAGGAGAUGCCGGAAAAGGAGUUGAAGGAUCGUCUCAAGGCGGCGGACGAGCUUGCGGCCAAGUUCAAGAAGGAGAACAAGACAGGCAAGGUCGAAGCCGAAGGCAAGUCUCCGUCGAUUGAGAAGCUUGAGGCUGCCAUCGACAAGCUGAAUCAGCGCAUUGAGACGAUGAGGAUCCAGAUGGAGGAUAAAGAGGGCAACAAGGAGGUGGCCCUGGGCACAUCCAAGAUUAACUACAUUGAUCCCCGCCUCACGGUCGUCUUCUCCAAGAAGUUCAACGUGCCGAUUGAGCGCUUCUUCUCCAAGACCCUGCGCGAGAAGUUCGACUGGGCCAUCAAGUCGGUUGAUGAGAACUGGGAGUUCUAAUCCUCUCGGCAAUGAUGGGGCGCCAGAGUCGGUCAAGUGCACGUGGGAAGCGAGACAGGGGGAGAUGGUGGUGAUCAGGUUUGCAUUCUGGAUCCGUGCAUGUUUCUGCUUUUCCUUCUUUUUUUGAAUCUUGGGCUGAAAGGAAAUGGCGUCUUCUGAAUCUCAUGCAUAGCGAGAGGCGGUGUCUAGCCCUUGUCUCUCCCGGCAAGGGCGUAAAGCAUUACGUUUUAGUUCCACGAACUGUGGAAUCAUGGCUUUCACAUAGACAUGGCAGUAUGGAUAUCACAAUUCAACCUUUUUUGGCUAACACAC